AUGUCUCCGAAGGUUACCAAAAUCAAACUCAACAAUGGUAUGGAACUGCCAAUGGUUGGUCUCGGAACUUAUGCAAGAAAAUGGGAUGCAGGGGAUUUCCAGCAAGCUGUAGAGUGUGGCAUAGACUUAGGCUACAGGCACAUUGACACUGCAUCUAUUUAUAAGAAUGAAGAGGAGGUGGGACAGGGCAUACUUAAUAAGAUUAAGAAUGGAAAUGUAUCUCGCGAUGACCUUUUUAUUACAACUAAGUUGUGGAACAAUUAUCAUGGAGAGAAUGACGUAGUUCCGGCAUUGAAAGAAUCUCUAGAAAAACUGAAACUAGACUAUGUGGACUUGUAUUUAGUUCAUUGGCCUAUCUCAAUCAAUAAUAAUGGAGAAGACAAAGGCAUAGACUACUUAGAAACUUGGUUGGGAAUGGAACAAGCUUUACAGCUUGGUCUCACCAAAGCAAUUGGUGUUUCUAAUUUUAAUGAAGAACAACUGGACCGACUGCUCAAAGUAGCUAAAGUUAAACCUGUUGUCAAUCAAAUUGAGAUCAACCCCACUCUAACUCAACAUAAAUUGGUGGACUUCUGCAAGAGUUCAAAUGUUCAAGCGGUGGCUUACACCCCUCUGGGACUCAUGUCUGAUGCUCGACCUGAGUUUGCACACCUUGAUCGGAUCAAAACUGAUCCAAAAUUAGGAGCAUUGGCUGCCAAGCAUGGCAAAACUCGUGCACAGAUAGCACUGAGAUACUUGGUUCAACGUGGUAUUGUGGUUAUUCCGAAGUCUUUUACGAAGUCUCGAAUGGAGGAGAACUUGAAUAUUUUCGAGUUUGAAUUGAGCGAUGACGAAAUGGCGCUGGUGGAUAGCUUUAAUAUAGACCAUCGGUGUGUGCCGGCCACUUCUUUCGCUCACCAUAAAUAUUACCCCUUUUAG